AGAGAGAGAGAGGUUUGUGUGAGGAAGAGCCAGUUGAGCCUAUGAGAAUUCAUAUUUCAACAGGAAGGAGACAGAGAGAGACUGAGUGAAUGAGAGAGAGAGAGAGAGAGAGAGAGGGAAAGAGAGAGAGAGAGAGAGAGAGAGAGAGAGAGAGAGAGAGAGAGAGCGGGUGUGAUCCACAUCAGAUGGAUUUCUGCCUCUGUUCUCUUCCAAAGGGAAACUAAGAGGAAAAGAAAAAAGUCCCCAACACCCCCCCACCACCAGAAACCCCAAUACACAGCUGCAAGAGUGAGUGAGCGAGCCAGCGAGAGAGAGAGAGAGAGAGAGAGAGAGAGAGAGAGAGAGAGAGAGAGAUUGCCUCGACGGGAACUAAACAGAGAGAGAACACAGCGAGACGGAGAGCGACCCAGAGUUGUGCAGGAACAGAGAUGGAGAGGAUUUGAAAGAGCGACGGAAGAAAGAGGAUUUAAAAGAGGAGGGAUAUUAAUAAAACUCAUUGUAUUUGGCUUAAUAGGGUCAACGCUGCAUCUGCAGACUGCCGGCCAGAGACAGGACAUCGCAAACAAGUUAAAGAAGAGAAGGAACGUGAGGAAAGACGAAGAGAGUGUGUGUGUGAUGGCCGUGGAGGUCCGCUGGACGACAGUGCAUGUGUGUGCCGUCCCAGAGAGCGAGGAGGAAGGCUAAGGACCCCCUGAAACGCCUCAGUGCUCCAACAACACAUACACGGACGAGAAUGAGCGGAGAUGUUCUCUAGCUGACCUCCUGCAGCGAACCAGCAGCAUGGGUGUGUUUUAGGACUGGGCGAUAUGGAUGGAUAAUAUAACCACAACAUAUUUUUACAUAUCAUUCAAUAUUGGUAGUUACUGAUUUUUACAUGUAUUUCAUAAGAUUCACACUUAAACAACAGUAUUUUAAACCCUGAAAAAAACAGAAGGCAGAUUUGAGAAAGAAGUUACAUCUGAUUUUUUAUCUCCUCUUGUUCUGAGACGUUUUUGACAAAACUCAUGACCUUAGCAUCUCGCUGUUGGGAGUGAACAGCUAGACUUCUUCUCCUCCUGCUUCUACAGCGUAGAAGUGUACUAGUGCACUGAAGAAGCGAUUUGCUGCUACUAUCGGAUUCAAAAACAGAUUGUCAUUGUUUUAGUGAAAAUACCUCAACUGCGCAUUAUGGAUACUGCAAAAACAUUUGAUUUCAGUAAUUAUUAUAAACUGUUUUGACGGCUGAGAUUUUCAAGAUGCCUUGAAUCAUUUCUUUGCAGUCAAAUCGAAUCGUUGAGGUCAAACCUAAUCGUCGUUAUCGUAGUAUUGCCCAGGCCUUGUAAGUGAGUGGGCGCAUGGCCGUGGGCAGGCUGGUGCUGGUGGCCGUGGCUGUGGCCUUGGCCUCCCUGCUGUUGAAUGUCACAGCGGCUCUGGGCUCCGGCUGGGUCCUGCAGACGCUGGACGAUGGACGCAAGCGCAGUGUCGGGCUCUGGAGGGUGUGUAACCAUGCCAACAACGGCGACGGGGAUACACAAGCUCAGAUGCGCCCGCACACACCCUGCCAUGCACUGGGCUGGGGGUCGGACUUCGCUGGGUACCAGGAGUCACGAAGCACCGUGAAACUUCAGUUUGACAUGAUGCGGGCAUGUAACCUGAUGGCAACGGUGGCUCUGACUGUGGGUCAGCUGAUCUUCCUGCUGGGGCUUCUGAAGAUAAAACACAUCACCCAGGAUUCUCCGUGGUGGGAGGAGGCCAUCGCUGCCCUGUUCCAGCUGGCCAGUUUCGUGCUGGUGAUCGGUCUGGUGUCCUUCUACAGGAUCGGCCCGUACACACACCUCUCCUACUCCUGCUACAUAAACAUUGCCGCCUGCCUGCUGGCCACGCUGGCCGCCGCCAUGCUAAUCUGGAACAUCCUCCAUCGCCGCGACGACUGCCUGACCCCGCCCGUCAUCGUCAUCAGCCGAUCGCUCGCCAUGCCUUUCAGGCCGCGCCUCGACAAUGACUACGUGGAGUCGCCGUGCUGACACAUGCACGGCCUUCUUGAGGGACGAGUCGAGAUUUCGAGGAGGUCACGCUAUUAAACAAACACACAGGCUUUAUAAGAAGCUCAGGAGCAACUGAGGACCCUGAGGAUGAAACAGAGGGAUUACGUGGAACUCUGGAAUGUUCAGGUUCUCAGAAUUCCACUCAGGCCUGCUGAAGCUGCGCACACACACACACACACACACACACACACACACACACACACACAGUUGUAUCGCCGUUGUUGAAAUAAAACCUUUUAUCUCCAAAAUGGUCCGAUUUCAGAAGGAAGAAUAAACCUUUUCCCUGUUAAUGUUAAUUGAUGUAAAAGUAUUUGACUCCAGGUGAUUUUGAACCAUUUCUUAUUGGUCCAUUCACCAUGAAAUUGUCAGAAACAAAAGAAAAGCUACCAUUUUCACACAAUAAAAAAGUGGAGACAUAAGGUUUUGUCCCAUCAGUGAGGAAAUGCUGCCCUCAUCUGUUGUCCAAAUUAUCAGAAACCUAAAGGCUACAUGCGAAUGUUGUAACAUUUAAAAUUGUUUUGAUUUCUGAGUUUCCAUCUUGUUGUGGAUUUUUAGUCUUUCACUGUUGGUUACAUUAUGUAUGCAAAAGUUUGAACACCCCCAGUUAAACUACGUUUUAUUGACUUUCUAAAAUAAGUUAACACACACUCUCAGAACUAAAGGGACUAAACUGUCACUGCGGUGGUUCCCUCAAGGGUCCAUCUCAGUACCUUUAGUCAGGGAACAUAACUGAACCAUAAUCCACUGAAAUGAUAUGUUCUAAGCUGUACUGACUCCACACACCC